AGUAUUAUAUUAUUGUUAGUGAAUCUCAUAAUACAAGUGAUGACCAAUUGAUUGACUGAUUCAUCAGUUUGUUUGUAAACACAAUGUCGUCGACGACGACCAUCGAUGUCACCAAUUAUUACAAGAAGAUUAUGAUCACUGGCCGACUGUGGUAUUCGUGCAUCUAUUUGGAUGAUUGCGAUGCCAUAGAGCUUGAAGAAGAUUGUAUUGUCGACCACAUACGGGAACAACAUUUGGCCGACAAGUUUACAAUGAAACCGAUUGUUGUUACCGAUGAACAACCGACGGUGUUGUCAGCGGCGGCGACGGCACCCGAGUUGUCGCCGCAACUGGACGUCAAGUAUAUUGUUGGCGACAAUGUGCCUUCUGUAGCAAAUUUUCAGUGUCCAAUAAGUGAUGGCCAAAUGUCUACAUCAUCACAGCCACUACCGAAGCCGAUCAUAAGUGACAACAAAAAAUUGGCCAAAAAUUUAACGUUCAAUUCAUACAAUUCAAUGUUGUCCUCGAGUUCAACAACGAAUGUGAACUACAAAGUGAUUAAAUUAAAUAAUCGUCAUUUAUAUAGAAAUCAAAGAGAAAACCAUUCAAACGACAAGAAUUAUAAAGGAUUGCAGUCACUGAAGGGUCUGAAACAACAUUACCGAUGCAUACCUGUCGACAAUAAGAAACUAUAUUUAUGUAAAUAUGACAAUAAAUGUCAAUAUAGGACCAAAUCAUCACAACUAAUGGCUUUACACAUCCAUUUAAAACAUAUCGGUGGUCGAGAGUUUCGGUGCCGAGAAACUGGUUGUCCCAAAGUUUUUAAAACUCCACAAUCUUUGAGAUCACAUGAAUUGGACCAUUUGUGCGGUUUCUGUAUUAUUAAUAUGAAACAUACAAACAGUGUGUGCGGUAAUAAAAAUUUAAAUAAAUAUCGCCAAAAAUUCAUAUUCAACGGCCAAAAGUAUUAUAAGUGUAUUUUCAUGGACUGUGGCUUUCAAUGUACUGUUGGUCAUCAUUCAGUUAUUAAAAGACAUAUUCAUAACCAACACGUCUGUCCAAAUCGGGUUCAAAUUAUUCAAUGCAAUCAAGAAUCCAAUCAUAACAAUAAUAAUAAUAACCUUUUAGGAGUGCAACCAAUUGCUGGCACUUCAAGUCCUGAUAAGAAGAUUAAAACCGAAAUUAUUAUACUAUCAGAUGAUUCCAACUCAGACACUGAUUGUAAUGAUGAUGACGAGUCAUACAAUCAAAAGACUAAUUUACUGACACACAAACCACAAGAAGUGAUGAAUGAAGAUGAGGAGGAAGAGAGUUCGUUACCGAUUGCAAACUUUAUCAGAUGUCAAGAAACGGGUUGUAAUAAAAGGUAUUUUUAUAUCCAAUCAUUUGUAUCGCAUAUGCAAAAGCAUAAGAAAAAAGUCAACAAAUCGGCCGUAAAUCUUAAAUCCAAACCAUUUAAUCAUCCAAACAAUUCCGUAAACAAAAUCAAUGUUUGGAAGUCUUUUGCUAGUUAUUCAAAACAAGCGAAUGUCAAGAAGUUGCCGCUGUUUAGUGAUCUGAAGAAGUAUUGGACUAAAUUGGACCACAAAGACUAUAAAUGCAAAUUUAACAAUAGAUGUCGAUAUAAAUGUAAGACAAGUUAUUUAAUAAUACAACACAUCCGUAGUGAGCACUUGAAUAUCACUAACUAUGAGUGUCCACAUAAGUCAUGUCAAUAUAAAUUUACAAACUUAAUGAGUUUAAGGGAACAUCUAUUGAAUCAUAAAUGCGGUUUCGGUAUCAAUGAUUUAAGUGAAUCAGACAGUCAUUGUGGUCACAAAAAUUUAGUAAAAUAUUGCAAAAAAUUGAGAAUUAAUGGCAAAUACUUAUUUAAAUGUAUUUAUAAACAAUGUAAAUCUCCAUUAAAAAAAAAUGCAACAAAUAUAGGUAACAUUAAAAGACAUAUACAUAAUAUUCAUGUCUGUCCCUAUCGAAAAGAUAACAAUCAAUUUAGUGAUAAUAUUGAUGACAUUGAAAACAUGGAGGAGGAGGAGGGAGAACAAGAAUCCAAUGGUCAAAUCAAUAAUAACAUUAAUAACCAAAGCAUAGGUAGUAAUAACAAUACCAAUGAUGAUGACGAUGUGUUGAUCAUUGAAGAGAUCAAAUGCAAUGUAAGGGGUGCUUCAAAUGACUUUAAAUUAUGGCUAAAGAGUAAAAAUAUUAAAUUGAAUUAUUCACAGAAACUGUUUGACAAAAAUAACAAACAAAUGGAAAGACUAAUCAAAAUGAAACAAUAUUUUCAAAGAUUUUCAUACAAUCAAUUCAAGUGUCUAUUAGAUGACUGUUCAUUCAUUGCCAAAAAUUUGGAAUUAUUUUCUAUGCAUCUGAAGAACAAACAUUUUAUUGAAUAA